AUACUCACCACUAUACUACAACGACUUCCAAGUUUCAGCGACAGCUGAAUGAAUGAAAUAAGACUCGACAAUUAUAUUCUGGUUAAUCUUCGACUCUCUAAACGGUGGAGUUAGGGUUACGUGCUCACAAGUUGCAGACUCAAAUUUCCAAAUUGAACAAUGUCUGAUCACCACCAUUUCCCGGAGGAACUCCUGAUCGAAAUCCUCAAAAGGCUCCCAGUCAAGUCCCUUCUACGCUUCUUCGCCGUUUGCAAAUCGUGGUACAUCCUCAUCUCCAGCCCCGCCUUCAUCUCCGUCCAUUGCCGCCACCAUAGGAACGGUAACUCCGCCACUAACCUCCUCCUCCUCCUCCGACGUUAUGCUACAUCCUACAUAGAGGAAAAAUAUUCCGUACUCAACGACACUGACCACCAAUUGCUCACCCUCAAUAAUUCCUUCGAACUCGACCUCCCAAUUUCAUGCGGAUACGGGUAUUUUUGUACAGUUGGCUUCUAUAACGGCGUCCUUUGUUUAUCGGAUGAUUAUUAUUUUUAUAAUAUGGCUACUGUAAGCCUGUGGAAUCCCAGUAUUCGGCAGGCUAGGAUCUUACCUUUUAGGCCAGCUCACCCAUUUAGGUUUGUACUUGGAUUCGGUGCUAGUCCACGAAGUGAUGAUGAUCUUAAGGUGGUGAGAGUUAUGUAUGAAAGGAAAGGUGUUAAUUUCGAUAUAGGACCAGUCACCCCACCUUUGGUUGAGAUCUAUUCUCUCAGCACUGGGGUGUGGAGAAGGAUAACAGCAACUGGGGUUAACUACUAUAUUUUUUAUUACAAUUGGACUCAGGUUUUUGUUAAUGGAGCAGUACAUUGGAUUGGGUACAAAUUGCUCGAGGAUAAAAGUUUUCAGAGUUUGAUAGCAGUUUUCACCAUGGCUGAUGAGUUGUUUGAUGAGAUUAUGCUCCCAGAUGAAUUGGCUCUGGAGUACCCAACAAAUUUAUCUAUUAUGGUGUUUGAGGAGUUUGUUGCUGUUGUUAAGUAUACUGAAAGGAUACAUGCUGAUUGGUGUGAAUUGUGGAUAAUGAAAGAGUAUGGAGUUGUGGAUUCUUGGACUUGGCUGCAUACUAUAGAAUUGGUCGGAGGGAUGACAAAAAUUGUUGGGUUUAGGAAAAAUGGUGAAAUAUUGCUAUCUACUAACAAAAAUGAGCUGGUUUCCUACUGUCCAAAUACUAGAGUCGUUAAUGAUCUUGGCAUUUCUGGAGACAGCAGCUCAUUUUAUGUUGAUAAAUAUUUGGAAUCCCUUGUUUUGCUUAAACCGCAAACCCACCUUGUGAAUUGAAGAGAAGAUAGAGUGAGUCAGUUCUUUUAAAACAUGAAGGUUAGUACAAUGUAUCAAGCAGAACUGCAGAAGAAAGUCAAUAGCAAUCUUUGGUGGACUUUGCCCGUACACAAUGGCAAAGCAAGUUAUUCUUUCCCAGACAUACAAUAAAAUGUUGUUUCAUAAUGCACUUUUAAAAACUCUUUUAAAUAAAAUUGGAUGUUAAGAUGCAGCAA